AUGUCGAUUCUCAGUUCGCUAUCACCGGCCGAACAUUUGUUAAUUGGAAAGGCAUUGGCUCCACUUCGAAACGAAAAUGUCCUCAUUAUUGGUUCUGGUUCAACGAUCCAUGGAUUUAAGGAAGAUGAGGGACAGUCAAGUCAAUUUGGGGAUGCUCUUAUUCGAGCUAUGACAGAGUGCGACGAACACGAACGCGAACAUAUACUUCUCAAUUGGGAACAAAUGUUGCCACAUGCUCGUGUUAAUCAUCCUCACGAAGAACACUUAAUUCCACUUCACGUUAUUGUCGGUGCGGCCGGUGCAGAUCGAGCCGAUUGGGUCUAUGGUUGGCCCAGUCAAUUCCAAGAAUAUGUUGAUGUGACAACUACAAAUGGACAACAUAUUGCUCCUUGUUUACCGCAUGGUAGUAUAAUCUAUGUUAGUAUUUGGUCGAUCGGAACUUUUUUUAGUCAAGUUUAUCCACAUUUAAUCAAUAAUUUUGUUUUGAUUACGGGUGAAGGUGAUGUAGUCUCACCAGAUAUAGCUUAUUUAGAACGAGCUGAUUCUAAAAUUAUUCAUUGGUUUGGUCAAAAUGGAAAUAUUGAUGCUUCAAGAAGCAAAAAAUUCACACAUAUUCCAAUUGGGAUUCAAUGUUACGAGAUGAGCGAAGCAAUUAGAGAUAUUUAUAAGCAACAAAACCAUCAUAAAUUGCCUCCAAUCUAUGGUGAUAUCGAUGAACCAUCACAUUAUAUUCAACCCAUUGAUAUGACUCAUCGAGCAUUGAAUCAGAAGCACAAUCUUCAUGGGAAAAAUCUUUUAUUAAUUAAUUUUCAUUUAGCAACUGAUGGAACAGGGCUUCGUCGACGUAUUUGGACAAAGAUGUGUCCAAAAAAGAAUCGAGUUCCAUUUGCAACAUGCCUGAAAAAAACGUCCGGUGUCGAUAUGUCACAUCUUUCGUAUAUCUAUUCACGAAAUCGUGAAUAUGCGUUCUGGUUAUCACCACGCGGAAAUGGAAUCGAUUGUCAUCGUACAUGGGAAGCAUUGUAUCUUGAUGCUAUACCAAUCGUUUGGAAUUCAUCAUUAAAUAUUCUCUAUGAAGAUUUACCUGUUAUAAUUAUUCAAAAUGAUACAGAAAUCACUGAAACGUUUUUACGUGAGAAACUACAUGAAAUAUCAAUGAAAAAAUAUCAUCAAAUGAAUCAAGUGUAUCGAUUUGAAAAGUUACGAAAUGCUUAUUGGCGUCGUUUAAUUUUGAGUAAAUCGAGACAUUCGUUGACAAAUAACAAUAUACGAAUUAAUCAAUGCUGGCGAGCUAGAACUUCAACGAAAUCUUUUCCAUUGUCGUGGCUUUUUUAA